UUCAAUGGACAACAACCCCCAACAACAUCCCAAACAACAACAACAGCCCCCAAACAACUUCCAACAUCCCCAACAUUUAUUGUAUCAUUUAUUAGGGGCUCCAAGUUGUUUUGACCAUCCACCAGAACCCUCAUUUAAUCAACAAUAUUUUUUAAAUUAUCCAAAUGGACAACAACCCCCAGCAACAACAGACACCAAAACUUUAACGACUAGUGGGGGAAAUAUUUUAUUACAAAUUGGAGAACAUUCAGCAGCUAAUAAACAACAAUUUGCAAAUGGGUGUCCUCAAACUGUCAAAUAUGAAAAUCCGCAGUCUGUGUAUGCCGACAACAACACCAAUUCAACUACUACCCCCUCCUCAAACAACCAUUCUUCUUCAAACGCAGCAGCCUUAAAUUACAAUUUGCCCUCAGGGUUAGGAGAAUCACCUCAUCAUCUUUAUGGCAUCAUUCCACCUCAUACACCAACUGGACAUCAUCCUCCAGACCCUCAACAACUUUCUUCUUUGGGAUUUUUUGCUGCUGCAGCUGGUGGGGGUGGAGGAAGUGGUGGUAGUGGUUAUCAUGCUGAAAUGGGGUCGUUAUUGGGUGGAAAUGGGGGUAGUGGAGGAGGUGGAGAACAGAUUGACUCUAACCAGCUUAAACAAAAGAAAGACUUAAUUUAUAGCCAUCCACUCUUUCCUCUUUUAACCGUUCUCUUCGAAAAAUGUGAAUUAGCAACAUGUACACCUCGAGAACCUGUACGGACAAAUGAAUUUGGUGCAGUAGGAGGGGGAGAUCAAGUUGAUAUUUUAAAUGUUUGUUCUGCCGGUUCUUUUAGCGAAGAUAUUGCUGAAUUUGCUGCUACUGUACAAAUGAAUAAACCUUUUUAUGUACCCAAUCCUGAACUUGAUUCUUUGAUGCUUAAUGCUAUUCAAGUUCUUCGUUUUCAUUUGUUAGAAUUGGAAAAGGUCCACGAAUUGUGUGACAACUUUUGUGCCAAAUAUGUCAACAAAAUCAAAGAUAGAACACAAAUGGAUAUUAUAGCUGGUGAACAGCCACAACAACCCCCGUCUGCUGGGCCGCCUGGAAUGUUGGAGCAUCAAAGACGAAGCAAUAGCCAUCAACAUCAUCGAACUAAUAGAGCUGGAGGGGGGUCUAACCAGUCCCCGGGCACUUCGUCUUCCCUAGAACAACCCCCCUCAAAUUUUUCUUCUAAUAAUAUGGGGGAUAUACAACACCAACAACAAUAUUUACAUAAUAUUGACCAUAAACAAUUUGUGAGUUUUUUGAAGAAAAAAUUUUUUUGUAUUAUUUUUUGUCAAAAAUGAAAAAAAAAAUUAAAUUAUUAGGGGUAAUUCACUGAAAAGACAAUUCACCGAAAAAGAUUUUUAUUCAUGUAGGGGUGAUUUAACGAAUGGACAAUUCACCGAAAAUUAUAUAGUUAUUUUGGUGAUAUCAUUUUCUUAAUUCAAUAGUAUAUUUAAUAAUGAGGGCCAACAGUAGAAUAAUUUAAAAAAUAAUUAUUCUAUGCGGGAAAACCAACAACAACAAUUUUUUCCGGUAAAAUAAAGCGGAUCUCUUUUUUAAAUAAUAAAUAAUCCCCUCGUAAAAAUAUAUAACCGCAAAAUGACUGGAACAAAAAGAGAAAGAUCGGCGAUUUUUUUGAAAAAUAAAAAGAAGGUAAUAAACCGUAAAAAGUCAUUAAAAAUAAGCUAAUUGUAUAUAUUGUGUAAAUAAUUACUGUAAUUUUUAAAAAGAAUAAUUUUUGGAGGGGUA